AGGGAGCAGAUAAGUCAAGUAGUCAGAACAAGAAGAGGUAUGAUGUCCGUGCUCGUGACAUUGCACUUAAACCUGGAGAUAGAGUUCUCGUUCGCAAUCUGAGCGUCCGAGGAAAGCACAAAUUAAGCGACAGAUGGGAGGAGACUGUCCACCUAGUCGUGAAGCGCAAUGGGGACUUGCCUGUCUACGUCAUUCAACCAGAGCUAGGAGGCAAGCUGCGCACUAUACACCGCAACCUGCUGCUGACAGUUGAUAGAGCGUUCCAACCAGUGGUUGUACCCCCGGCUCCAAGAGGUCGGGCCCAAGUUCCACCGGAAGCUCGUCCAAGACGACGUCGGUUGCUCCCUCAAGUUCCCCAAAGACCAAAAUCAUGCAAUGCUGAUACUUCAGAUACCAUUGUUGAUGAAGAUGAAGAUGAUCCUAUAUUGAUUACUGUUUCUUCAGAGCCUCAAGCAGUGAAUCAGCAAGAUGCGGAAGUGGAGGAAUGUCCCCAACACAAUGCUGAGCUGAACCAGGAAAUUUCAGAGGAACAUGCAGCAGGGCCCCCAGCACCUGUUGUGUCAGACCCUCAAGACCUAGCAACUGAACCAGAGCAAAGAACCAGAUCAGGACGAGUACUUAGGAAGCCUCAGCGUCUGAUGGACGACCCAGUGUGGGCAAGAAAAGCGGAAGCGGUGGUUUCAAUCAUCAACUCGCAGAACCAAAUGGCUUCAAAGAACUGGAACUUUCAUUGAUUAUAAGAUUUGACAUUGCUAGUUGUUUUGUAUUAUGCUAUAGUGUUAUUGUUACGUCGGGACGCCGUUUCCCCACGGGGGGGACAGUGUGGCAGUCUGAUUUUUGUACAUUUCAUAGGCAUGUUGUAACAGGCUCUUAAGAGCUCACGCAUUUAGGCCUGGGUCCGAGUCAGGCUCCUCGUGUGUGUCGUCUUUGUAAUUUAGUAGUUUUUGAAAGAAGUUUGUACAAGGAACAAGAGAAGACUGUUAAAUUUGUGUUGUUUAUGUUUCUCCAAUUGUUCGCGAAACCCCACUGUUACACUACCGCAAACUGCAAACUUGACGACAAGAGCAUUGUUACCGUCCGCCGUCAACCCGAUGCUAAAGGUCUCUAAAUUGUCGCAAUUCACGAUUGUACUGACUAAAAUUAUUUUUCUGAGAGCGGGCUUCCAUUCG